UAUGGAUCGGUACAGUGAGGUAAUUUUUUUCGUUACUAGCGCCAAUGUUGAACAUAUAAAGCUUCACACACAAACACACACCCAGAGUUGAAGGAAAACAAUCAAAACAACUGAAGAUAAUUUGCAAAAGUUGAUAUGUACAAGCAAAAAAUAAAAUCAAAAAAUAAUUCCAAAGUAAAUCAAAGAAAAAUAAUUGUGAAUAAUAGUAUUAAAAAAGGCUUAUCGUUACAUCCCGUAUUAUAAAGUUCGCGGUUUCGUUGUCUAAUGUAAACAACGCCAUAACCGUUUCCAACACAACUUUUUCUUUAGAUCGAGUAAUAAAAUAUCCUCUCGUUCGGUAUUUGUGAAGUUCUGUGUCCAACUAUGGUCGAAUAUUGUGCGUGUUCUUUGCUAAAAAGUGUUUAAUCGAAAAUAUCCGGAUUUAGCACGUUCCUUUCGUAAAUUGUUGAUGUACUGACAAGGGAGAUGUCCGACAUAACAAUGAAACAAUAGUACGGACACAGCCAAAAUACCUCAAAUCAAAUGAACGUUUACAUCGCUCCUCAUAUGUCUCGCCAUUGGGGCAUGGCAUAGUAAGCGCCAAUUUGUUGGUAAAUAUCAAACACCAUCACACUGCCGUCAAUAACUGCCACCUCUGCAAAAAUUUUCCCCACCCCCAACCACCCAUUCACGACAAUGCUCGUGCGAAAAUAAGUGUUACGUUGUAAAAAGCCAAAGAAAAACGUGCACACUAAGCAAAAAUAAAAUGUUAAGUAAAACAAAAGUACAGCGCGAUUAACGAGAGUACAAAGUGAAACGAAAUCAGAAGGCAUCCCGAGCAAAACUAAGGAGGAGACGCAUACAAAAAAUUACGAAAUAAAAUUGUUAUAGGUAUUUUUCAUAACGUGAAUUGGAUUAGUAAUCAUCUCUACGAGACGGAAAUAGACACACACACAUACGCGUAAACGUUAACGCGUAGGGACGAACAAGAAUCAAGCCGACAUAAGUGUGUUGGUAGGUGAUAAAAAAAAAAAUAAAAAACUCAACAACAACAACACAAAAGGAGGAACGGCAACUUAAUCAACCAAAACGAAGCCGAGAUACACGUUUUUGUUUGGCAUUAACUUUGAUAGCUGUUGCUGAAUUCGGAGUUAUCAUCGCUGCCGAAGGAAGAAGAUCUGGCUUUUCGUACUCUGCUGACGUUUUCACAUCACCUGUCGGCAACAUUUUAAAUUAAAUUAAAAUCAAUAUCAAAUAUUGAGAUUUGAAAUUAAAUAAAAAAAAUAAAUUUUAGCCAUGAUUGGAAAAAGGAAAUUCCUGCAUCAGUGGUUCAACUGGCUGUUUGGAAUCUGUCUAAUCAUAUCUGAUAUCAGCAUAUGUGUUGAUUGUCUGAAAGAUUUAAAAAUAUUCGUACCAGAUGCUGUUAUUAUGGGCAAUGCAGCGACGCUGUCGUGUCAGUACGACCUGGAACAGGCGGCGUUAUAUUCGGUGCGUUGGUAUUUCGGUACCGAGGAAUUCUAUCGCUACGUGCCAAAAGAGUCACCUCCGACACUGGUCUUUCCGGUGUCUGGCAUCAAUGUCGAUCUCUCGAAUUCAGAUGCCACAUCGGUCACAUUGAAGGGCGUUACCCGCGAACUAACGGGCAGCUAUCAGUGUGAAGUGUCCGAGGAUGCCCCGCUCUUUCACACAGAUAUCCGGUCGGCUCACAUGCAAGUCAUUGAAUUGCCGAAAGAUGAUCCUACGAUGCAGGUGGAGAAGAAAAUCAUAACCGCCAAUGACUAUUUUAAGGCAGUCUGCACAAUUGGACCCUCAUAUCCGGCGGCAAACAUAACGUGGUACAUAAACGGCAGAAAGGUCUACAAAACACCCUUUCAACGCAUUACACAAACAACCAGUGAAGGUUCCGGUACUGUGUCGUCCCUAGAUAUCUAUCCACACAGUCAAGUGCUGCAGGGAUUCUUCCAAGCCAUGCCAAAAUACCAGACCAGUAUACUGCUGCUUUGUGAAGUCUCUAUUCUGCACGUCUUUCACAAAAAUGUCCAACAGCGUAUCUUCCUGAGCAUUGGACCACCUACGACUAUAUCGCCAAAUCUUUUGGGGCUGGAGGGUUCGAAACGCAUGAACGGCGACCCAGACAAUUCUGCGCUGACCGGCAGGGGGUCGAAACAGGCAUCAACGUUCUUGCCACUGGCACUGAUCGUGGGAUUUGUUGCGAGUAAUAUUCUGCUGAGCAGAGGGAGAACGGCCGUUCUCGGUGUGGCGCCAGUGGUAACGGCACAACGCUCUCUUCAACUGUGACCAAAUGACAAUUAUUUAUAAAUGCUGAAAUCACAUAAAUAAAAUUUAUAGAAUUUUCUGUUAAAAUAAGUAACACGUUUACUCACACACAUACACACUGUCACACAAAUAAACUCAAUAAAAACAAUUUAAUAAUUAUAAUAAAAUUAUUGCAUUUUGCAAAAAAAAAGACAGAAAACAAAAUAAAAUAACAGCAACAAAAACUAUAUGAUAAGUAAACAAUAACAUGACAAAAACAAAAAAUAACAAUCCAUAGAUAAUAGGCAACCGUAAACACACACACACCUACAUACAUACACACAAACACACAGAAAACACUCAUACAAACACUCAAGCAUAUGCAAAGCAUUGUUAAAACUCGAAUUCGAUCUGGGCAAAUCGAUUGGGAAAUAGCAACAACAACAACAAAACGAGUCAGGUGCCAGAAGUCCGACGUGGUAAAUAAACAAUCGCCAGAUAAACUUUUUGUUUAUGUUUAAUAAAUAAAACGUACAAUACUGGACAAAAAAAUAAAAACUGUUUAUUAUUAUUAUUUUAUUAAAAUGUUGAAAUUGUUUAAUUAAAUUUUAUACGGCCAAGGAAAAAAAGCGCAAAAGCAAAUAAAAUUAUGAUAAUUUUGACAUAUGAAUAUUGGUUUAACAUAAAAAAUCGCACACAUUUACACACACACGCGUACAUCCGUACCAAAACAUAAAAUCAACAAACACCAGAGAGCUACAACUGUCACAAGCAUAAGUAAAUAAUUGAAACUAAAGUGCCCUACUUAAAGUUGGUUUAGUGAAAAAAAAAAUCGAAGAGAAUAAAAGUCGAAUUGUAUCGACAUCGAAAAAAGAAUCUCAGAUUAAUGUCAAUUUCGAGUGUUACAAAAUAUAUUUCUGCAUUUUAAAUUCUGAAUUCUAUAGAAUAUGUAGAGUCUUUAAGUCUUUAGCUCGGAUGAUGUAUAGUUCAUUUUAAAUAUACAUUUACUUUAAACACUUUAAAAUAUACAUUAAAUAAUUUUGAGUACAAAUGACGAAGAUGAUAGAUUAAUUCCUUGUGAAGUUAUCUCGUUUCAUAUGAGACCAUCCGGACGCUGU